AUGGCCGUCCUCAGCGAUUACAACUAUAUCAUGGCCAUAGGCACUUUCUUUGCCUUGCUUGAUGCCUUCAACAACGGUGCCAACGAUGUCGCCAACUCCUGGGCCACCAGUGUUUCCUCGCGCUCUAUCUCCUAUCGGCAAGCCAUGGUUUUUGGAACCAUUUUCGAGAUGUUAGGAGCCAUCACCGUCGGCGCCCGUACUGCCGAGACUAUCAAGAACGGCAUCAUUCCUGGAGCUGCUUUCAAGGGCGACGCCGCUGUCCAGAUGCUUGCCUUCACCUGUGCGCUCGCUGGUGCCUCGACUUGGGUUAUGUGGUGCACCAGGCACUCCGCUCACGUUUCUUCGACCUAUUCGCUGAUCUCGUCCAUUGCUGGUGUCGGUGUUGCCACUGUUGGAGCUGCCAACGUCCAGUGGGGAUGGAACAAGGGCAAGGGUCUCGGUGCGAUUUUCGCUGGUCUCGGAAUGGCUCCCGCCAUCGCUGCUGGUUUUGGUGCUUGCAUUUUCAUGCUCAUCAAGGUAGUUGUCCACAUGCGUCGGGAUCCCGUCAAGUGGGGUGUUUACACUGCUCCUUUCUUCUUCCUCGUUGCUGGCACCAUUUGCACGCUCUCCGUCGUCUACAAGGGGUCUCCCAAGCUUGGUCUUAACAAGAAACCUUCUUGGUAUGUCGCCUCCGUCACCAUGGGCACCGGUUUCGGUGUUGCGCUUCUCGCGGCUAUCUUCUUCGUUCCCUACGUCUACACCAAGGUCAUCAAGAAGGACCCCAACGUCAGGUGGUAUCACGCUAUCAUGGGGCCCCUCCUGUUUAAGCGACCGGCUGCCCCCGAAGAUCAACAGGCUGUUGUCCCCAACUACGCCGUCGUUCAAGAGGAUGACCUUCCCGCAACCAUCACCCGUUCGUCUUCUCUUAGCGAUGAGGACUUGAAGAAGGGCGCAGCUGAGGACACCAUUACUCCUAUCGACUCAGAAAAGGUCGCUGCUCAUGCUGAGUCCAAGCAGCUCACAUACCAGGAAAUGGUUGCCGAGGGCGAGGCCAGGUUCCAUGCGAAGCUCAGGCAGAAGCGUGGACCGAUGGGCUGGGCGAUGCGCACAUUGCACGACAACCCCAUGGGUGCUGGUGAGAUAUACGAGCGCAAGAAUGUGAAGACUUUCUUCAUCCGCCUUCCUGCCAUGAUCACCGCUGGUCUUCUCUACGGUCUCCACUACGACAUCCACGCCGCUCAGUCUGGUAUCCACGGUACCCCCGAAGGUGCUCGUAUGGAGCGUGUCUAUGCAAACGCCGAAAAGUACCCCAACGAGGUCGAGCACGUCUACUCUUUCGUCCAGAUUCUCACUGCCUGCACCGCCUCGUUCGCUCAUGGUGCCAACGACAUCGGUAACUCUGUCGGCCCUUGGGCUGUUAUCUACCAUGCCUGGAUGUAUGGUGAGGCCUCUACCAAGAACGCCCCCGUCCCUAUCUGGCAGCUCGCCGUUCUCUCAGCCACCAUUUCCGUCGGUCUUAUUACUUAUGGCUACAACAUCAUGAAGGUCAUGGGCAACAAGAUUACUUACCAUUCUCCUUCUCGAGGUUCUUCCAUGGAGAUGGGCGCUGCCAUCACUGUCCUCCUCUUCUCGCAAUACUCCCUGCCCGUCUCGACUUCUAUGUGUAUCACUGGUGCCACAGUUGGUGUCGGUCUCUGCAACGGCACUCUCAAGGCUGUCAACUUCCAGCGUGUGGGCUUGCUCGUGUUCUCCUGGAUCAUGACCAUCCCCGUUGCUGGCACCAUUGGUGGCGUGCUCAUGGGCAUCGUGCUCAAUGCUCCUCACUUCAAGUCAUAG